AUGACUUCCAUGAACAAGGUGUUCAGCGCCUACGCUGCACGAAAUGCUUCCCUCGAGUCGAGCAGCAACCCGUUCGCCAAGGGUAUUGCCUGGGUCGAGGGCCAGCUGGUACCUUUUGACGAGGCGCGCAUUCCACUGAGAGACCAAGGAUUCAUGCAUGGAGACCUUACUUAUGAUGUGCCUUCAAUCUGGGACGGUCGCUUUUUCCGCCUCGAUGACCACCUUGCUCGACUCGAAGCCAGUUGUGAUAAAAUGCGGAUGAAGUUACCUCUCUCAGAAGAUAUCAAAUCCACGCUUGAGGGAAUGGUCGCCAAAAGUGGAAUCAAGGAUGCAUUUGUCGAGUUGAUCGUCACUCGUGGUCUUGUCGGUGUUCGUGGAUCCCAAGCCGAGGACCUUACGAAGCAGAAUCUAUACAUGUUUAUCCUGCCUUAUGUCUGGGUUAUGGAGCCUCAGGUGCAGUACAAUGGAGGCAGUGCUAUUAUCGCUCGUACUGUGCGCAGAACUCCGGUUGGUAGUUUCGAUCCAACCAUCAAGAACCUCCAAUGGGGCGAUUUGACCCGGGGAUUGUUCGAGGCCUCAGACCGUGGUGCAGACUACCCCUUCCUCACGGAUGGAGAUGGGCACCUGACCGAAGGUUCCGGUUUCAACAUCGUUCUUGUCAAGAACGGCGUUUUGUACACUCCCCAACGUGGAGUUCUGGAAGGCGUGACACGAAAGAGUGUGAUUGAUGUUGCGAAAGCCAACGGUAUUGAGGUUCGCGUCGAAUUUGUGCCUACUGAGUCUGUCUACCAAUGUGAUGAGCUUUUUAUGUGCACGACUGCCGGUGGAAUUAUGCCGAUCACCUCCCUGGACGGCAAGCCGGUUGCCAACGGCCAAGUUGGCCCUCUGACCAAGCGCAUCUGGGAUGGAUAUUGGGCAAUGCAUUAUGACCCGGCUUAUAGCUACGCACUGAACUAUACCGAUAAUGGCGGAGCACCGAGACUAUAG